UUGUGUCUGCAGCUAGAGAGGAGAUUAAGUCUAGAGCAAUGCAAGUUAAAUUGCGCUGCAUAUAAAAAAUGGGCGGAUUGGUGUCCAGAUCCAGUGGCUGGAACCACCUUCCUUUCUAAAAUAAAAUCUCUGGCAUGAAGUCACCGCCUAUUUCACAUCCGGUUUGCGCUGGGACGUAUUACUACUGUCUUGGUACAGAGAAAUCUUUUGUUGUAUAGCUGCAGAUUGGAUAUUGGGAAGCAAAUUUGGGUGUGAAAUCUUCGUUGCAGGAGCACGCAGAGUCCAUGAUGGCUCAGACCAAGUGAGUGAGCGCGGCGCAGGGACGCCCUCCACCCGGCGCGCCCGCGCUCGCACACUCGCGCGGCUCCGGCUCUCCGCGAUCCUCUCGCACACUUUUCUCCCCGGUCUUGAGCGAUCCGGUGCCCAGAGGGGGCCCGAGCUGCUCAAGCCCGUGAUGAAGAAAAAUCCAGGUUUCUCUGACUAUCUUUGGGCCUGGACUCUCCUUCUGAGCACUCUGUCAGGAAGAAGCUAUGGACAGCCCUCCUUACAAGACGAACUUAAAGACAAUACCACUGUCUUCACAAGGAUUUUGGACCGACUCCUGGAUGGUUAUGACAAUCGUCUGAGACCUGGAUUGGGAGAGCGUGUAACUGAAGUAAAGACUGACAUCUUCGUCACCAGUUUUGGACCAGUUUCGGACCAUGAUAUGGAAUAUACAAUAGAUGUGUUUUUCCGUCAAAGCUGGAAGGAUGAAAGGUUAAAAUUUAAAGGGCCCAUGACAGUUCUCCGGUUAAACAACCUCAUGGCCAGUAAAAUAUGGACUCCAGAUACAUUUUUCCACAAUGGAAAGAAGUCUGUGGCCCACAACAUGACCAUGCCUAACAAGCUCCUGCGGAUCACAGAAGAUGGCACCCUGCUGUACACCAUGAGGCUGACAGUCAGAGCUGAAUGUCCGAUGCACUUGGAGGACUUCCCUAUGGAUGCCCAUGCCUGCCCACUAAAGUUUGGAAGCUAUGCUUAUACAAGAGCAGAGGUUGUCUAUGAGUGGACCAGAGAGCCAGCACGCUCAGUGGUUGUGGCAGAAGAUGGGUCACGUUUAAACCAAUAUGAUCUUCUUGGACAAACAGUUGACUCUGGAAUUGUUCAGUCCAGUACAGGAGAGUAUGUUGUUAUGACAACUCACUUCCACUUGAAGAGAAAAAUUGGUUAUUUUGUGAUUCAAACGUACCUGCCAUGCAUAAUGACGGUUAUUCUCUCCCAAGUCUCUUUCUGGCUCAACAGAGAGUCAGUUCCAGCACGAACUGUCUUUGGAGUGACAACUGUUCUCACCAUGACAACUUUAAGUAUCAGUGCUAGGAAUUCCCUCCCGAAGGUGGCUUAUGCAACAGCCAUGGAUUGGUUUAUUGCCGUGUGUUAUGCCUUUGUUUUCUCAGCUCUGAUUGAAUUUGCCACAGUAAACUAUUUCACCAAGCGAGGGUAUGCAUGGGAUGGCAAAAGUGUGGUUCCAGAAAAGCCAAAGAAAGUGAAGGAUCCUCUCAUUAAGAAAAACAACACUUAUGCUCCAACAGCAACCAGCUACACCCCAAACCUGGCCAGGGGUGACCCUGGUUUAGCUACUAUAGCCAAAAGUGCAACCAUAGAACCAAAAGAAGUCAAGCCUGAAACAAAACCACCAGAACCCAAGAAAACUUUUAACAGUGUCAGCAAAAUUGAUCGACUGUCAAGAAUAGCCUUCCCACUGCUAUUUGGAAUCUUUAACUUAGUCUAUUGGGCCACAUAUUUAAACAGAGAGCCUCAGCUAAAAGCUCCCACUCCACAUCAAUAGGCUCCUUUAUUCACAUUCUGUUGUUCAGUCGUCUGCACUGAGAAUUGCUUUCUGUUCUCAACGCAGUAACUCCUAUCUGCUUUCCUGCCUCUGUCUUAAAGAAUUUGAAGGUUUCCUUAUUUCCAUAACUCAUAUAAGAACAAGAGACCCCUUUCUGACAGUUCAAAGCGGAGCAGACUGUGCAGCUCAGAAACAGGAUUCUGAGAGGAAGCCAGGGAGCAAAAUGUCAGAAGGAGACAGACAAGAGAGGAGAGGAGGGGGAAGAAGGUCCAAAGCCGUGAGCAAAGGUAGAAAAACAGCUUAAGUAUAACCCCCAAGUCAUUUGUAGAUAUAUAUUUCCAAAUAUCCUAAAAAUGCUGUAUAUGUCAAAAAUAUUUUUGUGGGAAGGUGUUUAAAGGGAUGAAUUACAAAUGUUCAAUGAUUUUUUAAAUCUAUGUCUCUAUUGCACAAAUAAUGGUGUGUUUACAUUUUUCUUCUGCUCUGUGUUUUAAAUUGAGUGUAGUUUUAACAUUUUGUUUCUCAAACUCAAAAGUCCCCAGGCUUUGUAUUUUUAAACAUUGCUAAUGUAUUGUUGUUCAAUGUUAUUUUAAAAUUCAUGGAAAUUUCAUAGGGAAAGGGGCAGCUGCUUACUAUAAAACACUCUUAAUCCAAUGGAAAGGAACCCUUUCAAUGGUCUACAUCACUGUCAUCUGAGUUUUUAUCACUAGACUCUAUGAAGAUCACCCUAACACUGAUGUUUACUUGAUAAAAGAAAAUAAAUUACUUAAUGGAAUAAUUUAGAAGCUAUCUCCCUUUCCACUCUUAUUCCCAGAUAGCCUAUUCAUCCAAUAAUCACUCUAUUCUUUCUAUGAAGAUGUUUUUAGAAGGGCAAAACUAUUUUGCAAGCUCUAGUAUUGUUGAAUGUAUUCUUUUAUAUAACUACAUCAAAAGCUUUAGAUUGAAAUUUAUGACUAGCAUACAAAAAUAAAAUAUAUAAAUUACAUAUGUAAAUAUUCAGCAUGAGAUUGUACAUUUUUUACUUUUUUUAAAGUUAUGUUCUUAAAAUAUCAUUUAGAAAUCACCACUCUCCGCUGUUCCCAUGUUGUUAAAUGCUAUGGAGAUACAUUUAGAACCUGCAUUUAAGAACAGAACAGCCUGUAGGAAACAGAUGCCACUUAAAAGAUACUGAGUAGAAAGUCCAAUUAUACUGAGAAAGCUCAGAACCGCUAUUGCCCAGUGUUCAAUCAUAGGUCAGUAGCUCCUGCUCAAGUUCUGCCGUACCACAUUUUUCCUAUUUUAGGCUAUUGUAAUAAAGAAAGAAUAUAGAGAGCACUAGUUCAAGCUAGAAAAUCAACUGUAUAUUAUUGCUCUAUUUGCUGAUACCAACUAUUUCAAUAAGUGCUGUACUAUAUAUAGCAUUCAAUAUAAAAUACAAGGAAGAAUGUACAGGAAAUAGCUUUUAUUGAGUAAUAUUAUUACAUUUCAUUUAUACUGCAGCAAUAUAUUUGUAGGUAAACUAUGUAAGGGCUUUAAAUAAAAGAGGUCCAUUAAUAUUCCUUAUAAAGACUCUAGUCUUUCAUUACUGCCCAGAUGUUUUAGAGGUAAAUAUUUAUGCAGAGGGUAUUUUUGAAGUCUCCUUUUGUCUGAUAGCUUUUCACAGAUAUUUAACUUUAGUCUUCUGAAGUCACAGAUCAUGAUCUAAUUACAUUUACAAGACUCUGACAUAAAGCUUUUAAGGUAAUUGCCAAAUAAGACAAUUAGAAUCCAUAUCUGCGUUUUUAGCAAUGUUUUUCUCAAAUAGCUGCUAUCCAAUGAUGUGGAAAAAUACGUUGCUCAUAUUUUCCUAAAGAAAUAAAAACAAGAACAACAACAACAAAAACAACAACAACAACAAAAUCAAACCUCUGGUUGUCAUUUUAAAUGUGCUUCAUUGUUUGAUUGGUUCUGCCUAAAUUUCUUAAGCUAGGGGAAAAAAAGGCUGAACCAAGGACAUUUUACAUGUAGAUAUUAUGUAUAGAAAAUAAAAGAAAUUAUGGCUCUAACAUCUGUGUUGCUGUUUAUCGUGUUAUUUUUCGACGUUAAUGUUUUUUGGGAGCAUUUUAUCUUUAGAGUCUUCAUGGCUAGCUUUUGGUCUGUAUUUUUGCUCAUUAGAUGUGACUAUUUCUUACUGGUCUGCAAUUACUGCAUAGCUGUCAUUUCUGAGUUCUUUAGUACAUGUGUUCUACUGUGUAAAUUGAUUGCAUACUUAUCAAAGACAAUAUCCUCUGUAGUUUUUCAACAGCGCUUUACUAAACCAUGUAAUACUAGUUAAGUCUUACUUAAAAAUAAAGAUACACUCUUAUAGAGGAUAGUUCCUGUUGACUCCCAGGAAUAUUUUUAAAUGAUGACACUGAAUGUUUAUUGCACCUUAGUGCACUGAAGUGGCAAUAACACCUAACCUGAGUCAAGGUCAUUUAUGGCAGAUGCAUGUCUCCCUUUACAGUGUUUAGCAAAAGCUCUUAAUUUUAUGUCAUACUGUAUUCUAUUAUAAUAAUAAAGCUAACAUUAUUCAAUAAUAAA